AUGGGGGUUGGUCCUUUCCACCACCAACGAUUACUGUUUUGCAGCUCUUCGGUAUUGUUUUGUGUCGGGUAUGGUGGCGGAAGCAGCAGCAACCCCGCAGGUGACGCAAUGACCACCCGAGAUGAGAAGGGGAAUGCGCUAAUACGGGUGAAGCGACUCCCGCUUACGUUAAUAGAAGAAGUUCCUCCUCCUGAGCGUGUCUUGACGGAUUUGGAACUAGUAAUGAUGGCGUGGUGCGAGGAACAUGCGCGGCAGUACGCCAUCGUCAUGAUGGCCAUUAGGGUGGGAAUUUUUGUAUUGUUGCUCAUUAUCCUUUACGUAUUUUACCGAACGCAGCUUUCCAGCGAACGCAUGAUACGCGGGGUGGCCCACAUGCCGGCGGAUCUUCGUAUUGGCAGUGUGGUUUACUUUGACGUUGCAGAGAACGGCGCAGACAUUGGUCGUGUUGUCAUUGGGCUUCUCAACGAGAACUGUCCUCUUUACUGUGAGUACUUCCACAGGCGGUGUACAGGGAGCGGUGAAACAGGUGACUCCUUUCGAGGUAUGCAGUUGGCUGCCAUUGUUCCACGGCAUUGUUUGAUAUUUGGGGACGGGCGGGAAAUGACGCACGACGUCACCGGAUUUAAUCCACAUUACUUGCCAACCGAGCACCUUGGCACCGGUUCAUGGCGAGGGGCCUUGUCGUCCAUUGCGUACGGUGUCAACAAGGAAAGCCCAAAUUUUGCCAUUCAUGUCUCUGCAGGCGACUACGCCCCGCAAAUCUUUGCCUUAGUUAUUGGGGGAUUUGAUGUGAUUGAGCGAAUUAAUGCUGCGGGCUCAAAGCAUGGCAACGCCCCAAAGAAGGAAUUUACGAUAGUAGAAUGUGGUGAGUUGUGCACGCUUGCCAAAUCGCACAUUCUUCCCAUGCCGUGGAAGCUUUACGAGGGCAUUUCUAGGGGGUACGAUGAAGAAAAAUUCGGUGAGCGGCUUCCUCGCGAAUUCCUUGAAAGGUCCGACGGGCGCUCUGCUGCCAGGGCGUUGGACAGCGCAGCUGGUGAGGAGGUAGUAGGAAAGACAGCGGCCUGGUGGAGAUUUUUGUGGUGA